UGAAUGACACAUUUCUCUGCGCUCAAGAGUGGACGCAAGGUAUCCGACUAGCUGUCAAACUUGAAGUAAAAAAGGGUGAAAGCCCGUGAAGGAUAAAGAGUGGCGGGGAGGGGCCGUCGUGUGAAAUUUGAGAUUAGCAGGGCGAUUGCCUAAAAUGAAUUGAUUCCUUAUCCGUGGCGAUCGGUGCUCAAGAUUCUUGAUUUUCUUUUGAUCUCUUAGGAAUCUUCUUCGUAUCGAACAAACCGGUAGCCAUGGAGGACGAUCUGCCGACCGAAUACGACGUGGUCGUUGUGGGCACAGGUAUGACUGAGUCCAUAGUGGCUGCAGCUGCUAGCAGGAUUGGCAAGAAGGUCCUACAUUUGGAUAGCAACGAAUACUAUGGUGGCCUAUGGGCUACGUUCAACUUUGAUGGCCUGCAAAAGUGGAUAGAAGAUCUUAAGGCAGCUAAGAGCGAUGGAAAAAAGGAUACCAUUAUCAAGGUGGAGGCUGGUGAGAACUUCCUUAAUGCAAGCAAUCAGUAUUCUGCUGUAGAGAAUAUUGAAGAAACCUGGUUCAUCUCUAAUGAUGCUGAUUUACCAGUGCUCACUUCCAAGGACACUCAAACAGAUGGCUCUGGUGAUGGAGCAUCUGCAGAGGGAUCCGAGAAGUCAGAUGAAGACAAGGUGGAGAAAAAAGAACCAGUAAAGCAAUGGAGCAUAGAUCGCAUCAAGAAAGAAUAUAGAAGAUUCAAUAUUGAUCUGGCACCAAAGCUGCUGUUCGCACGAGGAGAACUUGUGGAACUCCUGAUUUCAAGUAAUAUCGCACGCUAUGCGGAAUUUCGUGCGGUUUCCAGGGUAGCGACGUUCAUGGAUGGUAAACUCACCCAGGUGCCCUGUUCUCGUGCCGACGUCUUCGCUAAUAAAACGGUCAGCGUCAUAGAGAAGAGGAUGUUGAUGCAGCUAUUGACCUCCUGUAUGGAACAAGGAGCAGACAGCCCUGAGUUUGAUGGAUUCCGUGAUAAAACAUUCCUGGAGUAUUUGAAUACCAAAAAUCUUACGCCUAUCGUGAAGCACUACGUGAUGCAAGCCAUUGCAAUGGCCACUGACAAAACCUCUUGCAGGGAUGGCGUUAAUCGCACAAAACACUUCCUGAACAGUCUUGGACGUUAUGGAAAUACUCCAUUUUUAUGGCCUAUGUAUGGUAGCGGCGAGCUGCCUCAAUGUUUCUGCCGUCUUUGCGCGGUAUUUGGCGGCGUGUAUUGUCUCAAGAGACAACUGGAUGGGGUUAUCGUCUGCGAGGAUAAGUGUCGAGCAAUCAUAACAGGAAAGCAGAGACUAGCUCUGGAGCAUCUGGUGGUGGGACAGGGACACGUACCACCGGAAAUUGUAGCCUCUGUAGGAGAGCAGCAAAUAUCUCGUGGUAUCUUCAUCACAGACAGGUCCAUAAUGCAAGGCGAGAAGGAGAAUUUAACUCUUUUGUAUUAUCCACCCGAGAAGAAUGGUCAGGAGCCUGUAACUGUCAUUGAAUUGGGUCCAUCUACGAAUGCUUGUCCUCAGGGUUUAUUUAUGGUUCAUAUGACGUGUAAAAGAAUCAACACUGCUAAGGAUGACCUGGAGUACGUUGUGAAAAAAUUCCUAAGAGCCGAAGUCCUCGAGCCUAAAGGUCCUCGCGACUCGACCGAUUCUCAUACCCAAACUGUGUCUCCGGACAAGAGACAUAUCCAAGAAGGUGAUGCAGAGACUAGAGACCUGAUCAAGAAUCCGAAGCCCCAGGUACUCUGGUCUCUCUAUCUGAAUUUACCAGCGAGUGAUAUCAAGCUCAGUAACUCCGCACCCAGCAAUAUUCAUCUCUGUUCCGGUCCUGAUUUAGACCUCGAUUUUGAUUUUGCUGUGAACCAGGCAAAGGAAGUCUUUGCAGCAAUGUACCCGGAUGAAGAUUUCCUACCACGUGCACCAGAUCCAGAGGAAAUUGUCCUCGAAGGAGAGGAAGCACCGGGACCGAAAUUCGAGGGUGACAAACCUGGAGAGGGUGAAGAUAAACAGGAAGGCGAGGAGAAGCAGGACAGUGAGAAAGCAGAAAAGGAGGAAUAAACGGUAGCAGUUCACAGGAACAAUGAACGAUGGCUUUGUACCCACGUUACUUCUCAGGAACGUUAAGAAGGUUUAUCAUCCUCUUCACUAAAUAUUAUCAUCCGCUGCAAAAUCAGAAUCCUUUAAAAGAGAUUAUACGUAAAGAAAACGUGGAGCGAAGCCGCCGUCGCGCUUGGCGCCCUAUUCGCUUAAAUAUCUUGGUACAGCGUUAUCGCCAGUCAUUGUCAGUAAAAAAAAAAAAGUUAAAAAAGCUGAAUGAUUUUGCUUGGGUAACUUCGAUUGUUAUCGAAUUCUACCUCUGGACGUAGUCCAGGAUAAUGGAGUGUAUUCCAUACUCUUUUAUCUAUUUAAUCCUAGCUACGGUGUACCGUAUUGCUCUACUGCUUAUCGAUGAAAAAAAAAGGAACAUAUGACAGCCAGGUGAAGAGAGAUAUACGCAUCUACAUCUUAACACGUAUUAUUCAUCUUAUAAAAUGCGAUAAAAAUCGUCGACUAGUCUGUAAUACUUUUGUCGUCGAUUUAGAUUAUCAUAUUUAAAAACUACACCUUGGCGACAUUCCAUGCCCCAGCUGUCUUAUGAUUCGUUAUAUCUCUUUAUCGAAUCCUAAAAGGAUAAAGACCUUUAGGACUUGUCUGAUUGAGUUUCUUUUUUUCUUUUCAAUGAAUUACUUUGUUUUUAUAUAUUCUCGUGCACCUUUGUUUUUUCUUUCGUUCAUCCAUUCUUCCUGAGGAUACAAUCGCCGCACUCCAGUAUAUACUGUAUUUCUGUUCUCCACGAAUGAAACUCCAAAGAUACUGUACUAACUUUUAACAAUCUUAUUACUUAUUAAUUCUUACUUAACUGUAAUAGGUAAAAAAUAUUAAAAUUAUAGAAAUUAACGUAAUAUGGAUAAUAGAAUGCUUCUGUGUUGUAUAUCGCGUAGAACAGACUUAUUGGGACAUUGUAGACAGGCGAAUACGUAUACGUUUUACGUUGCAUUUAUAGAUUAUACUGCACGAAACAUUUAAAUACAUUGUGUUGAAAUAAAAGACGGAGAGACACUUUGUUAUACUUCUUUGCUUCUAGCCGUAAAAGCGUUGCAAAUGUUUUUCUUUGUCAAGCAUCCCGUCAAAUAUCUUCUCAGACUAUUAGAUAGCUAGGGGAGGAAUAGUGAUUAAAAAAAAAAAAAAAGUAAAAAAGGGAAAAA